GCGAAGUUCCUCACCUAGAUAAGGGACAUUGACACAAUCAUUUGUAACAGAACAUUCAUCGUGGACAGCGAUCCUGAUGUUGCUGAUAUCACUAGUUGGGUCUUUUCUGUUACUAGAAUGUGUUGUUAAAUCACAAUUCCAGCCAGGUUGUAGUUUCUCCAGUGGGCAAUGUAUAUACAACGUCAAACUCGGACAUGCACAGGUCUGUGAUGCAGCUGGUGGUGGUGAUCUGGCUUCGACACAUUCUAGUUCUGGUGGUUGCUCAUGUGACGACAUCAGGAAAGUGGGAAAUGAUGUGACGUCAUUACGGACAUCGGUGUCUGAUCUUCAACAAGCCGUGAACACAUUAUACAAGGAAUUGAAUAUCUCAAAAUCCGAACUUACCCAAACACAGGAUUUACUCCAUGCGGAGCAACAACAUGCCACUGAACUAUUGGCGACAUUAAACAGCAAAGAAACUAUGCUGAAUCAUACAAAAGAUGAGCUGACAAACGUUUUACUGACGGCUAAAACUGAACUGGAUAAUCUACGUCAACAACUGAUUAACGCUUCCAAACAACUUUCGGUUUGUCAGGGAAAUGCGGGUAUCCCGAUAACCAAACCUACCGUAUACUCCGGAUAUUCGACAUUUUACUGCGGAUUCGAGACUUACCAAGGAUCCAUGUGUAAUUUCCAGGCAGAAACUGGCCCUGAUACAAGUCCUUCAAUGAAAUUGAUCUGGUCAAGAGAAAACGGCCGUGUGUCCACCCGCACAGGGCCUAACAUGGACCAUACUUAUGAAACAUCUUCAGGUCACUACAUGGCUAUUGACGCAAAAUACAUAUCACAACACAAUUCCCGCAACAUAGUGCAUACCUUUCGUCUUGUGUCGCCGGCUUUUGAACCUGCACAACACUAUUGUAUUCGCUUUUGGUACAACAUGCACGGAACAGAUGUCAAACCCUUAAAAGUCUAUGCAAAGGUAAACGGUGGUCUUGGGAACCCAGUAAAAAUAAUCCAGGCGGCCAACAGCGUGGACUGGAAACUUGGGGAGGUUGAAAUAGAUUCAGAACACACCGGGAAUAGGUUUCAGGUUGUGUUUGAGGGUAGCACUGACGCCUACUAUAGAUACGUAUACCAUGGUGGAAGUUCGAGGGAUUCCGUCAAUGAGGACGGAAAUGUCGCAAUCGAUGACGUAUAUAUUUAUAAUACAUCUUGUAAAGAUGUACCAAUUUGUCCACCCAACUCGCACACACACGUGAAUGCAGACAAUACAACGUCGUGUUACACGUUUAACUCUACACCGAUGUCUUGGUACGACGCUAUCAACGAGUGUAAGAAGGAAUCGUACGGAGGUCACCUCGCUUCUGUCACAGACCAAUACGAACAGGCUUACCUGGUCAGACUCAUCCAGUCCGAUAUAGGAUUGAUGACAGCUGGACAGAAUGGAUUUUACAUAUCUGGAAAUGACGAAACCUCGGAGAAUCACUUUGUUUGGACUAAUGGAGGCUCACCAUCUUCCGUCACAUAUAAAAACUGGUAUCCUGGACAACCAAACAAUGUUGGUAGUAAUCAGGAUUGUUUACUGAUGCAAUACCCAGACGCUGGAUAUCAAUGGGGCGACGUGGAAUGUACAGAGAAACACCCUUUCAUUUGUGAAAGCAGAUACUAAAAACAAAGAUUCAUAUCAAUCA